GAGACCAGCCAGUGUUGCGAGGGCCCCACCGGCUACGGCAUCGCGUGCGACAAGAGCGCCACAUGUUGUGGCGGCAUCUGCUGUGAGGAGCACUCGUGCUGCAUUGACGAUGUCUGUAUGAUACCAGGAACGAUCUCGCCGAAAGGGGAGACCUGCACCGUCGCCGACACGCCCGCUGGCAGCUGCGCCCCCGGCCUUUUUGAGUGCGGCCCCCUCUGCAUCGCCGGAAGCGAGGAGACCAGCCAGUGCUGCGAGGGCCCUACAGGCUACGGCAUCGCGUGUGACAAGACCGCUAAAUGCUGUGGCGGCAUGUGCUGCGACGAGUUCUCCUGUUGCAUUGACGAUGUCUGUGUGAUACCAGGAUCGCUCGCGCCGAACGGGGAGACCUGCAGCGUCUCCGAGACGGUCGCCGGCACCUGCGCCCCUGGCAGCUUCGAGUGCGGCCCUCUCUGCAUCGCCGGCAGCGAGGAGACCAACCAGUGCUGCCUGGGCCCCACGGGCUACGGCAUCGCGUGCGACAAGAGCGCCACAUGUUGUGGCGGCAUCUGUUGUGAAGAACACUCGUGCUGCAUGGACGAUCUCUGCGUGAUACCAGGAACGAUCGGGGCGAGCGGGCAGAACUGCAGCGUCGCCGACACGCCGGCCGGCGAGUGCGCCCCGGGCAGCUUCGAGUGCGGCCCCCUCUGCCUGGUCGGCAGCGAG